CAUGACUCUGGCUCCUAAAGAGCUGUCUAACCUGCUGGGCAUCAUGUCGGAUGACGCCUGCAGCAACAGCUUCGAGCAGCUCUCCACAGCCUUCCACCACUGCUUCGGGAAAGCCGAGCACUUCCGCGUGGGCUCGGUUCUGGUGAUGCUCCUGCAGCAGCCCGACCUGCUUCCCAGCGCUCCUCAGCGGCUGACCGCGCUCUAUCUGCUGUGGGAGAUGUACCGCACCGAGCCGCUGGCCGCUAACCCCUUCGCCGCGGUGUUUGCGCACCUGCUGAACCCGUCGAGCGCGGCAGAGGAGCAGGAGACGCUCUCA